AUAACUCGCUUUAGUCGGCUGUGAGGUACGCAGCAGCGACGAACUGCUGCCGAGUGCAGCGCAGCAACAAUGUUGGGCGCUUUAAACUCUUGGCUUGGUUCUUGGUGGUCUGUGUCCAGGUUCAAAGCGCAUGUGACCACUGGAGACAGGCUCUACGCUGGAACUGAUUCGACGGUUUAUCUGCAAAUGGUCGACUCGUCUGGAGCAGAAUCUGAGCCGACAUGUCUGGACAAAAUGUUAGUUAACGACCACGAAAGAGGAGAGACUCACUCGUAUGGUCUCAAAACUGAAGGAUUGCAAACUCCAGAAAAGUUGGACCAUAUUGUAGUUUGGAGGCACGCAAGUUUAACAGGCGAUGAUCGGUGGUUCUUGGACAGGGUUGAGAUCGAGGACAGGAUCUUAAGAAUAAGAUACAUCUUCCCAGUGCAAAGAUGGAUUGAAGUAGAAAGGCGCUACUACCUCUUCGAGUUUGACGCAUUUUUGCCCCAGGACGAUAGGCAGAUUGACAAUCGGCGGCUCGAAUUACAAAGAAAGAGGGAAAUGUAUCAGUUCAAGCAAACCAUUGAGAGGGGCCCAAAGCAGAUCAAAGAUCUGCCUGACGAUGAAAAAUUCUCGGAGCGAUAUAUGUUGGAUUUCUUGAAGCUCAAAGGAAAGCUUAUCGCCAGGACGUAUCAUUUGAAAUUUACAACAGAGGAGUGGUCGUCACUGGAGGAUGUCAAGAACAUUUACCACCCAGACAGCACUCUACAUCGACCAGAGUGUACUAAAUAUUGGACGGAAGAUAGAUGGUUUGGCUUGCAACGAGUCCAAGGCGUGAACUCCGUUCUGAUCGAACUCUGCAAGAAUAUUCCAAAAAAAUUUGCACUUCAAACAGAAUGUGUUGAGCCCUUCUUGGAAGGAUUUACGCUAGACGAAGCUUUGGAGAAAAAUAAAAUCUUUAUCAUAGACUUGGAACUACUGAACAGGGCACCGUGCAAAAAUGAAAUGCCAGUGUUAGUUGCACCAAUCGGUUUGUUCUACUUGAACAAAAAAGACGAUUUAAUGCCCAUCGCGAUUCAACUAUUCCAAGACCCUUCACCCACAAAUCCAAUCUAUUACCCCAGCGAUCCCCCGCUCACUUGGAUUAUGGCCAAAAUGUUUUUCAACAUGGGUGAUGCACAACAGCACCAAUCUUGCACACACUUAGGCUUAACGCAUUUGUUGAUGGAGACAAUGUGCGUGGCUGCGCACAGGAAUUUGUCGCCCUCUCAUCCGAUUUUCAGACUUCUGGCACCUCACUACUUGUAUCUACUAGCGAUAAAUGCGCGCGGUCUAGAAAAGCUAAUUUCGCCAGGCGGAUGGGUUGACAGUGGCAUGAUCGUAGGCAGAACUGGCAUGUUCAAGCUCAUCAGCAGGGGCUUUAGACGUUGGCGGCUUGACGUUGAUGGGGACGUGGAAAAACAAAUAGAGGUUAGGGGAGUCGCGGAUCCCAAAAUCCUCCCUUAUUACCCAUACAGGGAUGACGCUGUUCCAUUAUUCCGAAUAAUCAAAAGUUAUGUAGCAAGAGUUGUGAAAUACUUCUACGACACACCUGAGAAGCUUGAAGGUGAUUACGAGGUGCAAAACUGGGUAAAAGAAAUGGCCACUACACAAUUGGAUGGUGGUCUUGGCAUAGGCGGAAUGCCCGAGAAACUAGAAAACAUUGACCAGUUGAUAACAAUCUGCACGGCCGUGGUAGCCGCAUGUAGCUUGGGACAUGCCGGAGCUAAUUUCCAGCAGUAUGACGCUUACGGAUUUGUGCCAAAUUACCCAGGAAUACUAAUGAACAUGCCGCCCCAAAAAAAGCGGGAAAUGACAGAAAAAGAUAUCCUGGAAUUUUUGCCAAACAAAAGUACAACUUUAGACAUCAUGGUGAUCACAAAACUUUUGAGCAUGAAAGGAACAAAAAGCCUUGGAGACUUUGAGGUGCAGUACUUGUACAACCCCGACAUUGUUCACAUAGCUGAAGAGUUUCGGUUGGAGCUCAAGAAGCUGUCUCAUGAGAUAAAGAAACGGAAUAAGCAAAGGGAAUUCAAGUAUGAAUGGUUUGAUCCUGAUAUUGUACCAAAUUCAAUCAGUAUUUAAUAUUGAUAAGGCAUCCAAAAGUUCAAUCAAAGGUGUGGGAUUUUUCUAACAAAUUAGUUAAAUUAUAGUUUCUAUUUGCAUUUUUAGUAUAGAUUUAUUAAAAACGGCCAGUAUAUCAAAGCUUCAAAGAGUGGGUUCAAGUGGGUUAAU